AUGGCGGACUCUUUCGACAAGUAUUUCUUCGAGAUCGCGGUUGCAACACCACUUCCCUUCAUUGGAGACGGAGGCGUCGACAACGACAGCAACCUCGCGACCACAAGUUCUCAUACUCGUUCUCAACUUUCUGCCGUUCCGCGGUCCUUGAUGAUUCGGCCCACUGUUCUUCCGUCACCUGUUGUCAAGGAGCCGAGCAAGAAGCGCAAGCCAGAUUUCAGCAUCUUCGUUGACACAGAUACCGCCAAUGACACCUCAAGGCCUAUCUCCACCCCGAAAAGGUCUAGGACGGGUAUUCCGCGCACUCCGUUGAGCAACAUGACUUUCUCUACUGCUUCCACACCAGCGCCGUCUCCUCGUCUUCCUGACAUCCCAUUCCCCUUCUCGGCCGCCGACCCCUACUGGGAGAACAUUGAGAACCACGAUUCCUACAUCAGAACUCCUCCCGCGACACCGCUUGGACCUCCUCCUACGCCGACAGUUCCUUCUGGCCCACCACCUCCGCUGUCCGCACGCACCCUUCGUCCUCGCCGCGCCCGUGCUUCUUCGUCAACGAACCUCCUUCCCCCGGUCAAUAUGCUUGCCUACGAGAUGCUCGGUCUAAAAACUUGGAGAGUCAGCUCGGUCGGUAUCAACCUUGCCUAUCACAAGGCAGCCGCCACAAGCCACCCGGAUAAGGCCGCUCCCCAAGAGAAGGAGUAUGCAACGAUAGAUAUGCAGCAGAUCAACGCUAUCAAAGAGAUGCUGCUGGACACGGAGACCCGCACCAAGUACCACAGGGACGGGGUCAUACCUUGGGUCAUUUGA